GGGCUCGGGAGCCGCCGGGAUUGGAGGGACUGGAGAGAUCUGGAACCUGGGCCGAGAAGUUCCCUUCCAGGCACCGGGCUGAGUGCAAACGGGAAGAGCCAGCCCGCAUCAGUUCAAGUCAGGCACACGCGAGGGGCAGCCCCGAGCACCUUCCCAGAAGGCCCUGCGCCGCCCGGGUCCUGACGGCCCGUCUGGUCUUCCGCCGCACGUGUCUUCGGAGCGAUGCCGAAAUCCAAGCGAGACAAGAAAGUUUCCUUGACAAAAACUGCCAAGAAAGGCUUGGAACUGAAGCAGAACCUGAUAGAAGAGCUUCGGAAAUGUGUGGACACAUACAAGUACCUCUUCAUCUUUUCUGUGGCCAACAUGAGGAACAGCAAGCUGAAGGACAUCAGGAAUGCCUGGAAGCAUAGCCGGAUGUUCUUUGGCAAAAACAAGGUGAUGAUGGUGGCCUUAGGUCGAAGCCCAUCUGACGAAUACAAAGACAACCUGCAUCAGGUCAGCAAGAAGUUGAGAGGUGAAGUUGGGCUCCUUUUUACCAACCGCACGAAGGAGGAGGUGAACGAGUGGUUCACAAAGUAUACAGAAAUGGAUUUUGCUCGAGCUGGGAACAAAGCGACUCUAACCGUGAGCCUGGAUCCAGGGCCCCUGAAGCAGUUCCCUCACUCCAUGGAGCCACAGCUGAGGCAGCUGGGCCUGCCCACUGCCCUCAAGAAAGGUGUGGUGACCCUGCUAUCUGACUACGAAGUGUGCAAGGAGGGCGAUGUGCUGACCCCAGAACAGGCCCGCGUCUUGAAGCUUUUUGGGUAUGAGAUGGCUGAAUUCAAAGUGACCAUCAAAUACAUGUGGGAUGCCCAGUCGGGAAGCUUCCAGCAGAUGGACGAUGACCUGCCUGAGAGCGCCCCUGAGUCUGAGGGAGACUCUGAGGAAGAGGAUGACAGCUGACUCUAGGACAUGGGACUAAGGCCUUCCAGCAACUUCUGCCUCUCCAGUGGACCACCAGGACUGCUGUCACCCCUCUGAAGACACCAGCUCUUUACUUUGCUAUGGAUAAAGACAAUGGAGGUUGCUGGGGCAGGAUUUGUAGACCAGGCUGGCCUCGAACUCACAGAGAUCCACCUGCCUCUGCCUCCCAAGUGCUGGGAUUAAAGGCGUGCGCCACCAACGCCCGGCCCCAGGAUUUGUUUCUACAAAGAAUAAACUUUGAUCCACAGGGCUUUCCCUGUAGACAGCAAGAGACUUCCUAGGACAUAGGCCUUCAUUCAGCUUUGUGCUUCUGUUGGGGCCUGCACAGCCCAGCUCCUUGGCAGCACAACACUGCAGGUAGCCGACAGCAGCUCCCAGAAUUGGAUGUCUUCUCCAGCCCUUGCUUGGAAUGGAUUGGCUAAGGAAACUUCACUACCUAGGCAACUUCAUCACUCGGGAAGGGAGGCAGAGACAGAAAGAUUAAGAAUUCAAAGUCCAUCUUGGCUACCAAAGUCCUUGUCUAACUAAAGCAAAUGGCUUGGUAGGAAUGGAUUGAGAUUGAGGGCAUAGGUCAAUUGUUAACUCAUCUUGCACGUGAAAGGUCCUUCAGUGUGAGGGAGAAAGGAAAGUGCCGGAACUGGUACCUCCUACCACUCUUUUACCUAAGUAUUUACCAGAGUUUAGUCACAGUGAUUCAGCAAUUUAUUCUUCUGGUUUUGUUAUUCAAGGAUAUGAAAAGAUAUAUUCAUACAAAAA